GAAGACAGCAGGACUGUAGGGGAAGGGACGACCCUCAGUACCCAAGAAGGGGCCAGGAGCUACGGAGGCCUUGACCUAACUCCAGCCCUAAGCUGGCCUCCUGCGUCCUGGCCCCAGCUGACCAGCCCUGUCUCUCCAGCAUUGGAAUGGCAGGGCCACAAGGAGCCCUCUCGGCCUGUGCUCGUGCACCUGCAGCCUGGGCAGGCAUGCGUGGUGGACGGCAGGCUCUCUGUGCUCCGCACCAUCCAGCUGCGGUCCCCGCAGCAGGUCAACCUCACCCUGUCCGGCAACCGCGGAUGCCGCGACCUGCUGCUCAAGAUCCCCAAGGAGUAUGACCUGGUGCUGCUAGUUAACCUGGAGGAAGAACGGCAGGUGCUGGUGGAAAACCUUCAGGGGGCCCUGAAGGAGAGCGGGCUGAGGUUCCAGGAGUGGGAGCUGCGGGAGCAGGAGCUGAUGAGGGCAGCCGUGACCCGAGAGCAGAGGAGCCACCUCUUGGAGACCUUUUUCAGGCACCUUUUCUCCCAGGUGCUGGACAUCAACCAGGCGGAUGCAGGGACCCUGACCCUGGACUCAUCACAGAAGGUAUGGGAGGCCCUCACUUGUGAGNGGGAGGCCCUCACUUGCGAGCUGAGCAGAGCUGAGUUUGCUGAGUCCCUGGGCCUCAAGCCCCAGGACAUGUUUGUGGAGUCCAUGUUCUCCCUGGCAGACAAAGAUGGCAAUGGCUACCUGUCGUUCCAGGAGUUUCUGGACAUCCUGGUGGUCUUCAUGAAAGGCUCUCCUGAGAAGAAGUCUGGCCUUAUCAUCCUCAUGUAUGACUUUGAUGGGAAUGGUCUCAUUUCCAAGGACGAGUUCAUCAGGAUGCUGAGGUCCUUCAUCGAGAUCUCCAACAACUGCCUGUCCAAGACCCAGCUGAUGGAGGUGGUGGAGUCCAUGUUCUGGGAGUCUGGCUUCCAGGAUAAGGAGGAGCUGACGUGGGAGGACUUCCACUUCAUGCUGCGGGACCAUGACAGCGAGCUGCGAUUCACACAGCUCUGCAUCAAAGGUGGGGAGGUGCCUGAAGUCAUCAAGGACCUGUGCUGGCGAGCCUCCUACAUUGGCCAGGAAAAGAUCUGUCCCUCCCCCAGAGUGAGCGCUCGCUGUCCCCACAGCAUCGCUGACGUGGAGUGGACAGCACAGAGACUGCAGUGCCCCAUGGACACAGACCCUCCCCAGGAGAUUCGACGGAGGUUUGGCAAGAAGGUAACAUCAUUCCAGCCCCUGCUGUUCAUGGAGGCCCACCGGGAGAAGUUUCAGUGCAGCCGGUGCCACCAGACCUUGCAGCAGUUCAAGCGCUUCAUCGAGAACUACCGCCGUCACAUCGGCUGCGUGGCUGUGUUCUACGCCAUCAGCGGGGGCCUUUUCCUGGAGCGGGCCUACUACUACGCAUUUGGGGCUCACCACAUGGGCAUCACGGACACCACCCGUGUGGGAAUCAUCCUGUCCCGGGGCCCGGCCGCCAGCAUCUCCUUCAUGUUCUCCUGCAUCCUGCUCACCAUGUGUCGCAACCUCAUCACCUUCCUGCGAGAGACCUUCCUCAACCGCUACGUGCCCUUCGACGCCGCCGUGGACUUCCAUCGGCUCAUUGCCUCCACGGCCAUCGUCUUCAUAGUCUUGCACAGUGCGGGCCAUGUGGUAAAUGUGUACCUGUUCUCCAUCAGCCCGCUCAGCGUCCCUUCCUGCCUCUUCCCUGGACUCUUCCACAACGAUGGGUCUGAGUUUCCCCAGAAGUAUUACUGGUGGUUCUUCCAGACUGUGCCAGGCCUCACGGGGGUGCUGCUGCUCCUGGUCCUGGCCAUCAUGUAUGUCUUCGCCUCCCACCACUUCCGGCGCCACAGUUUCCGGGGCUUCUGGCUGACCCACCACCUCUACAUCCUGCUCUGCGUGCUGGUGAGGGCUGUCGGGGUCUUGGCAGGAUGAUCCCAGGGAGGCCAUGAGGGCUGAGACAUCCGUUCUCCAUCCCCUUAGUCAUUUCAGGAAUCCCCUCCACUUCUCACAUCACAGCUGGAGAGUAUCGUGUAGGGCUGUCAAGCAGAUGGACCCCAGGCUGCAGCGCUUGGAAGAUGGGUGCCCUGGCAUGGGUCUGGCGGUAGCAGCCCUAUCAGGCUGGUCGCAUUCCUUGCAGACACCCCCCACAUCAUUUCUGCCCAGCCAGUCAUUCCCCAGUUCCGGUGGUUGGUGUGAGCUCCAGGGUUGACCACCCACAUUCAAGAGAGCAUCACACUUUUUUUUUUUUUUUUUUAGAGAAGUAUAUCUUAAUUCUGUUCUGCCACUUUUGUUCUGAUCCUGUUUCCUGGGGUGUUUGCAUCCUACUCAGCAAAGUGCCACUUGUAGAGUUAACGAGCUU